CCCUGCAAGCUCGGGAAGGAUCUGCCCAAGGGAGGCUGCUGCAAAGGGCCGGCCGGGGAGGCGGCGGCUCUGCCGGAGGCGCUGGCGCUCCGGACUCUGCCCGGCCGGGCGGGCAGGCGGGCCAGGGCGGCGGCUGCAGCCAGCCGGGAGGGCGACGUGGAGCGGCCACGUGGAGCCGCCGGAGGAGGGAGGGCCCCGAGCACAGCCUAGCCACCACCCAGCGAGCCCGCCAGCGUCCCAGGGAUCUGGAUUCCUGGACUGCUGUGGUGUGAUCCCACUGUGUGCUGGUCUCAUCUGAACCUGACUUCAGGCCCAUCUCAGGAACUCGCCUGCCUCUAAGGCUGAGUGAGAAGCUCCAACCUGGUUGUUUGCUGUCCUGUGAACUCUCCAUCUCCCUGUGCUCUGCUUUUCCCAUUUGGCCUCUGAGCUGUUCCAUCUGUAAUUGACAGGAAGGAUGUUGCCUUUGAUGAUGAGACUGUUAGUGCUGCUAUUCCUGCCGCUGGGCCAUGGUGCUCCCAAGGAGGGAGUUGUGUGGAGAUCUGACCCAAAAGUGCCACCUCAGCCCCUGCCCAACCCCUUCCAGCCAGGCCAGGAGCAGCUUCGGCUCCUGCAGAGCUACCUGAAGGGCCUGGAGCGGAUGGAAGAGGAGCCGGAGCACAUGAGCCGCGAGCAGGUGCUCCUCUACCUUGUUGCCCUCCACGACUACGACCAGAGUGGCCAGCUGGACGGUCUGGAGCUGCUGUCCCUGCUGACGGCGGCACUGGCCCCGGGACCUGCUGAUGCCCCGACCCAGGACCCGGUAAUCCUGGUGGUGGACCAGGUGCUGGAGACCCAGGACCUGAACAGGGAUGGGCUCAUGACCCCUGCGGAGCUCAUCAACUUCCCAGGAGAAGCCCUGAAACAUGCAGAGCCCCAGGCACCCCACGCUGGGGGCAAUCAGCCUCCCUUUGCUGAGGGCCCCCCAAGACCAGGCGUGCACAAACCUGGGAUACCUAGAGAACAAAAUGGGGGGAGGGAGGAGGCUCUACAAGAGGCUGGAGUGCAGGCAGAGGCUGAAGGAGGAGCCCCAAAUCCAGGAGGGAGAAUUAGGGGUCAUGCAGAGAUUGAAGGAGGAGUCCCAAAUUCAGGAGGGAGGAUUGGGGGCCUCGCAAAGAUUGAAGGAGGAGCCCUAAGUCCAGAAGGGGGUGCUGGGGACCACACAGAGGUUGAAGGAGCCCCAGGUCCAGAAGUGGGGGCUGGGGGCCACGCAGAGGUGGAAGGAGGAACCCCAAAUCUGGGAGGGGAACCCAAGGCACAGGAAGAGGCUCUGGACACUACAAGGGAAGCGAAAGAGUUUCCGGGGGAGACCCUGGAGCCUAAGCACACUCCAGAGGAAGUGGAGGUGCACGCCAUCCAGCUGGAGAACGAUGAGAUGUGAGCCCCAGUCUCAGCACUGGGGACAGGACCGGCCCUGCCCCACCCUGGCACCCAAGGGACCCACUCAGGGAUUCGAGCUGCCAAUCAAUAAAGAACGGAGUGAACUCA